AUGCUGUUCGUCUACCUGCUCGUCUUCGUCCUCUACACCGGCGGACUGAACGCCGCAAACACGACAAUGACUGCAGCGAUGUGUAAUAAGGAUUCCCCCGACUGCGAAGACUGUGUGAAGAAGUGGACGUUGUGCCCGGGAAAAGACGGCGUCCUCCUCUGCACCCUGAAGCAGUUUCUCGUCGAUCCCGAAUCAGGAGCUUGCGAUUUCAGAGGUUGUCCCGUGGGCGAGCUACCGAGUCUUGUCGGCGACAAACGCAAUUGCCUCCCGCGCAAUCGCAUGACUAACGGUACUCUGCCAUAUGGUUGGUGGUGGGACGGCUGCAUCUAUGAUUACUACAUCAACUGCGGCAACUACGUGCCAAUUUGCCUCAACGCCGCUGUGAUCACGGCAUACAACGCGAGCGCGGGAGGCUGCAUCAAAAAAGGCUGCCCGCCUACGAUGCACCCGUGCAAAGGAGAAAACGGAACGGAAUGCCUCUCCUACGACGACCUGAAGUCGGUCCGUUACAAGAAAGGAGGAGACAUAUGUGUCCUUGCCACAGCCGAGGAGAAGGCUGCUGCGAGGCCCACCCCUCCGCCGGCUGCCCAGGAAAAAACCGAACCGGAAGUAUCGUCCUCAUCCCGGUUCCGGCAUCUCGUGAACUCCGUCUUCAUCCUCCUCAUCACGAAGCCGUCGGCCGAUUUU